AUAGUGGCGUCGGCUCCAGUUGGAUGCAGAGAGAGAGAGAGAGAGGUCACCGGUAAGCCAUUUGGGAGGGUAGCGAGAGAUGUCGACGUCAAUCUCUACUUCGUCGCCCGGGACAGAGAGAAAAGCAUUUGGGUGGGCGGCGAGGGAUGCCGAUGGUGGUCUAUCCCCCUUCUCCUUCCAUGUCAGGGCCAAUGGAGAGGAGGAUAUUACCUUAAAGAUAUUGUACUGUGGGAUAUGCCAUACUGACCUUCAUAUCAUUACGAAUGAUUGGGGAAAUGCCAGUUACCCAGUGGUUCCAGGGCAUGAAAUUACUGGAAUAGUGACUGCAGUGGGACAGAACGUCCAGAAAUUUAAAAUUGGGGACAAAGCUGGCGUAGGAUAUAUGGUUGGUUCCUGCAAUGACUGUGGAAAUUGCAAGGAAGGCUAUGAGAAUUACUGCCCAAAUGUCAUCCCAACCUCAAAUGGUAUUCAGCAGAAUGGGAAAACUACAUAUGGAGGCUUCGCUGAUAUCCUCGUUGUCAAUGAGGCUUUUGCAGUCAACCUGCCUGAGAACAUGCCACUGGACAAGACAGGGCCACUAUUAUGCGCCGGUGUCACAGUUUACACGCCCAUGAGGCGGUUCGGACUCAAUGAGCCUGGCAAGCAUUUGGGCGUGGUUGGGCUUGGGGGCCUUGGUCACCUGGCUGUGAAGUUUGGGAAAGCUCUUGGUUUGAAAGUUACCGUUAUCAGUACUUCUUCAAGCAAGAAAAAGGAAGCGAUUGAAAGGUUGGGAGCCGAUUCUUUCUUGGUCAGCAGUGAUAACGAUCAAAUGAAGGCUGCAAUGGGCACACUGGAUGGUAUCAUCGACACAGUUUCUGCACACCAUGCAAUCACACCGUUGAUCUUGUUACUGAAAACAUAUGGGAAGUUGGUUUUGGUUGGUGGGCCAAAUAAGCCUCUCGAGCUUAUGGCCUACUCUGUGAUCCAGGGUGGUAAGAUUGUGGCUGGAAGCCUUAUCGGUGGCAUUAGAGACACUCAAGAGAUGGUGAACUUUGCUGCCGAGCAUAAUAUAGCUGCAGAUGUGGAAGUGGUUCCUAUGGAUUAUGUAAACACUGCUUUUGAGCGUCUUGCCAAAGGAGAUGUCAGAUACAGGUUCGUUGUUGACGUCGCAAACAGUCUAACUUAGGUUUCGUUUGGGACGGCUUUCUUAUUAGAAAGCUGCUUCAAGAAGCAGUAAGAAAGUUGUCCUAAACGAAGCUUUAAUAUAUGGAUCCUAAUUCCUACCUUUACCUAAGUUUCAAAUGGAGUUCAGAACAUAUCUAGUUGUGUAUGAUUAAUAAACAAAGGUUCAGAUACCUUAAAACUGUAGACUUGGGUUUAAAAAAUGAAUGAGAGCAUAAGCUCAUUGUGCUUCUAUCACUGAGAAGUAUGAUGGUAGAUUAUGCAGAACUAUGCCUCAUUUAAGGCCUUGUUAUUUUGGGUAUUUUCUCUUUUUAUUUUGUGUUAAGUAAUGUUGUAUUAUGUUUUGUGUGAAAUAAAAUAAUUUUGGUACUAAAAUGAAUUAUAUAUUGAAUUCACCAUCCA